AAAUAGCAAACGGACACCGCCCGCUACAAAAAGCUGUUAUUUUCGGUCCGUCCAAGCCCUAGAAUGUCGAACUCUACAGACAACCUCCUCUCUUUCACAACAACAACGCACACAUUCGGCGAGCCCUGGCCCGAAUUCAAUGGUGGUCUAACCUACCACGACAGACUCCCAUCAUCCGAUCAUGGUUUGACAUUGAUCGAGUUCUACUCUAGCAAGUACAAGAAUUCAGCUCCACUACAGGGUUGGUUGCAGAGAAUUCACAAUGCACAGAUAACAGUUGAUGGUAGGGUUGUGACGGAUCCCAAUACGAUUCUCAGAGCUGGUUCAGAGCUAGUCUAUCACCGACUUCCGUGGAAAGAGCCUGAUGCACCCUACAUACUGAAAGUUCUAUUUGAAGAUGAUGAUUUGAUUGCUCUAAAUAAGCCAUCUGGCCUGCAAGUUCUACCUGGGGGAUUAUUCCAACAACGGACUGUUUUAACCCAGCUUCAGUGGCAAGCAAGCAAGCAAAAAUCUUCUUUAGCAUGUCAAAAACCACAUCCAGUUCCAGUUCAUCGCCUAGGAAGGGGCACAUCAGGAAUUUUGCUGUGUGCAAAGACGAAGCACGCAAAAACUUGCCUUGCAACACAUUUUGCUGAUGGAACAUCAGCUGUGGGAGACUGCAGAAAUACCACUGCGGAUCUCAGUGCGUUGAGGAAAAUUUCAAAGAUAUAUCGUGCACUAGCAAGUGGGAUACUUAAUGAGGAUGAGGUUGUCAUCAAGCAGCCAAUCGGAAUGUUACGGUAUCCUGGGGUAGCAAAAGGGCUAUAUGUUGCUUCUUCCUCAGUAGGGAAACCAGCUUUGAGCACAGUUUAUGUUCUUGAGAGAAAAGAACGAGAGAAUUGCACACUGGUCCAGGUUGAGAUUCAGUCAGGACGGCCACACCAAAUCCGUAUUCAUCUUUCUUUCAUAGGGCAUCCACUGAUCGGUGAUCCUCUCUAUGUUAGUGGCGGGCAACCUAAAUGCUCUGAUCCUGAGCUUAUAGAUGAAAGUUUUGCACAAGACGGAGGGUAUCAUAGACCCGUGAAACCUGUUCCUGGAGACUGUGGAUACCACCUGCAUGCUCAUCAGUUGGUUUUUUCUCACCCAACCACGAAUGAGAUUAUUAAAAUCACUGCACCCCUCCCAUCUUCUCUUCGAACAAAGGAAGAAGAGACUGAAGCAACCAGACUAGGUGUUGAGGAUGAUGUAAAGUAGUAUCCGAUGCUGAUCAAUGAUUUCAGCAAGCAGCUGUGAAACUACUGAAACAUUGUACAGCAAGUUGACUGGAGAAAAAUGCAGUUGGUGCAUUUAAUAGCUCACCUUGCGGUCAUCCCUUACUCAACCUGUGUAUGAUUCCAUUUCAGUCUUUCUAUGUCAAAUUCGGAGUGACAUCAAAACCAAUGCAUACAUCACAUGAGUGGUACACACUAUAUCCUUGAUCUUACUAUGUGUCGUUUUUGUUUUGCAAUUAUUAAUGUAAUUUCAUAUUUAUCAAGUUUCUGUUAAUUUUUUGGGAA